AUGGCGGCUCCUCUCACUCUGCUGCUCGUCGUCGCCGUCACCGUCCGGGCCGCGCUGUUCCGCUGCUCUGUGGAGGAGCUCAUCUCUCACAGGGUGGAGGUGGUGUCCCCACUCACCGCCUGGAACAGAGUUGUUGAAGGUUUGGCUUUGCUUGACUUGGGAGUCUCACCGUAUUCUGGAGAUGUUUUCCACGAGACUCCUCUCAUCAUCUACCUCUUUCACUUUUUGGUGGACUAUGCAGAGAUAACAUUUAUAUUAGCAGAUGUGAUCACUGCUGUGGCUCUCUACUUGUCCGUGAAGGACUACAACAAACAACUGUUCAGGAAGCAGAAAUACGCUCUGGAGGCCGACCGCUACCCGAUGGACUGUCUGGAGCUCAUCAGAAGCCCCAAAGAGAUGUUCUACAUCCCGCUGAAGGUGGCCAUGUUUUACCUGUUGAACCCGUUCACCAUCCUGUCCUGCGUCGCCAAGUCGACCUGCGGCCUGAACAACGCCGUCAUCGCCCUCUUCAUCCUCUCGACCAUAAAAGGAAACGUCUUGCUGAGCGCCAUCUUCCUGUCGUUGGCCACGUAUCAGUCCAUCUACCCUCUGACUCUGUGCGCUGCAGCGCUGCUCUACCUGAUGCAGCGUCAGUACAUCCCCGUGAACUUCCGGCGGUUCAGCUUCUGGUGGUUCAUCGCUCAGUACGCCUUCAUGUACCUGGGCAGCCUCUUCGUCAUCGUCGGCCUCUCCUUCUUCCUGCUGGGCUCCUGGGACUACCUGCCGUCCGUCUACGGCUUCAUUCUCUCAGUACCAGACCUGACCCCCAACAUCGGCCUCUUCUGGUAUUUCUUCGCCGAGAUGUUUGAACACUUCCGCCUCUUCUUCCUCUGCGUCUUCCAGAUCAACGUCUUCUUCUACACCAUCCCUCUGUCCAUCAAACUCAAGGAGCAUCCAGUGUUUCUGAUCUUCAUGCAGCUGGCUGUGAUCUCCAUCUUUAAGUCGUACCCGACGGUGGGAGACAUCGCGCUCUACAUGGCCUUCCUUCCUGUCUGGAGUCACCUGCACAGAUUCUUGAGGAACAUCUUCCUGGUGUCCUGCGUUCUGCUCGCCUGUUCCGCUCUGUUCCCGGUUCUCUGGCACCUCUGGAUCUACGCAGGCAGCGCCAACUCCAACUUCUACUACGCCAUCACGCUGCUGUUCAACGUGGCGCAGAUUCUGCUGGUGUCGGAUUAUUUCUACGCCUUCUUGAGGAGAGAACACCAUCUCAGCUACGGACUGUAUCUGAAGAGGAAAGACGGCUCCGAGGCCACGCUGGUGCUGAAAUAAAACGCACCCUCAUCACCUCCAACAGGAAGCAGGAACAUCUGGACGUCUCACUUCUCCUCAAAGGGAACAAACACAAACUGAGGAGGAUUAAAGACUUUCAGAGUCCCGGUCCUUCAGAAAGUCUGUUUGGUACGACAUCAUAUGCAAAGAAGUCCCAACACACUACAUGACUGACGGGUGCAGCGACCUGUUUCUCCUCUGGAGCGCUCUUAUGUUGAAGCCUCACUUUUACCUGGAACCUGCGGCUGUGAGGGUGACCUUUUAUUUUGAAGUCUUCUUUUUGUUUUGACGCUUUGUUUAUCAUGGACAGGUUUUAUUUUGAAGCACCAACUCUCACGCAGAUUUUUUGGGGAAGGAAACGUUGCUCUGCUCUUUUGGGGCUUUUAUUUUAAACAUAAAAAAAAAAGUGAAAAUGUGGGAAACUGUCCUCUGAUUUGAUGAUUCCUGAUAUCCAGCCCUCCUCACACAUUCUGUUUGUGUUGUUUCAUGUUUUCCAGGUUACAUUUGAGUUCAGACUGGUUUCCUUUGUGGUGGGGACAUUUUUUAAGGGUUCGUCUGGUCUUUAAUGAACAAAUCCACAUUAUCAGUGGUUCAUCGACUAACCUCAUCGUGGAACAUGAGACUCCAGCACUAAACUCAGAUGUGUGUUUUAAUCUGACAGAGCCGGUCUGACCACGACAACGUUAAUGUGUUUAAACAAGUUUAGUCUGAUCAUGUGACCUGUUUUUACCAAACACACAGACUUGUUCUUUAAAUGUAAGAUUUGAAAGACGACAUGAACGGUGUUCUCAUGUAGGAAACUGGUAUUUACUACUCUGUCCAAGGUGACUCAAACGCAGCAUAAACACAUUUUACUCACGAUGAGUCCAACCUACACACUGACUGUAAACAGCGAGUACUCCUGUACAGAAUACUCGUCAUAGUAUUCUGUGUACUGCGCUCAGUUAAACUUCACAAACAGAAACGUGUCUCUUGAGAUUUGAAUAUUGAAUUGAUUUGUUCUCUUCUGCAGUUUAUGUAAUUUCUUUUUGCAUUGCAUUGUGGGAGAAUGUUGUCGAUCAAACAGAACUGACUUAGUUUGUCUCUCGACAUGCUGCUUUAGAUCCGUGAGACGUUUGAGAACUCAGACUCCCGUCUGCCGAACCCGUCUGCCUUCAGGAGAGAAUCAAAUAAAUGUAUAUAUAUCUAUAUAUAGAUGUAUAUAUCUGUCUGUAGGAUUUAAUUCCCACCUUUUAAGAUGAGCCUUAAACAGCCUCAGUGUUGGACAUUUGAAUAUUUUACCUCUGAAGUCCACAGAUGAAUGUUUUUGUUUCAUAAGUGUGAAAAUAAUUAUAUAAUUCACAACAACUCUCACAAAAAGACCCAAUGAAAUAAUUUCUUCAUCAGUUGUUAAAAAGGUUAAUUAUCUGUUAAGACUUAUUGUUAAAUUACAAACUUUUGUCAUUGAUACCAAUGAGUGAAAAGAUGUGAUAUUUAUUUAUUUGCUGCACUAAAAGCUUUGAAAGAUGUUUAAUUAGUUUCCUUUGUUUCUUUUUAUUUGAUAACAGAGGAGCUCUGCUGUUGUUUUUGAUACUGUACACAUGAAUGUGUUUUGUUUUUGUUACAGAUAUUGAAAAGGUGUGAAAUGGCUCAUUUGAUGAAUGAGUGAACAUGUCAUAAAUAAUGAUUAUUAAAUGGU